AGGUGGUUAUCGCAACGCUGCGCGGAAUGCUGGCCUGAAUCCUGGAAAGCCAAGUCCUGAGCAGAAUAUCCGAAGGACCGCAAGCUCGGCUGAGGAAGGGAGACCAAUCCCUAAGCGCAGAGCGAGUGUCUUCUCGAGCCUGGUCCAGUGGGGCUUUGAUCAAGGCCAUGCUCGCACAACAGAACGCUCAGAGAACAAUGGCGAUAUCAGGAAAUCAAGCCUGUUCUCUUUCAUCGCCGCGACCAGACGCCCAAGUCUCUUUUCCAAGGAACGUCGUCAUUCAGACAUAACCUCUCACAUAGAUGAUGUGGGCAAGAGACGAAAAUUCAUCCUGAAGUUGGCUACGGCGCUCAUGACUUAUGGAGCACCGUCGCACCGUAUAGAAUCUCAGCUGCAUGCUGCAUCGAGAAUUCUAGAGGUCGGCUCUGAGUUUGUGCACCUGCCCAACCUCACUAUCGUUUCCUUCAACGAUGGCGGUACGCGUGCCUUUGAGACGCACUUUGUCCGUGCCCCCGGCCGAAUCGCUCUUACCGCUCUGCACAAGGUCCACCUGGUGUAUCGUAAAGUCCUCCAUGACAAGAGUGGUGCCGAGGCUGGUACUUCUGCUCUGAGGAAGAUUCUUCGUGCGCCCCCUAGGUAUAAUCUGUUCUUUCGAUGUGCGCUAUCGUUCGUUAGCGCCACAAUCCUCUGUUCUCUGGCUUUCGGUGGCUCUUUCGUCGAUAUGCUUGUCGGCGGCGCUGCCUCCUCUAUCCUGCAGUUCUUAGGCCUCAAUGCCGCGGCUAAGAGUGCGACUUACGCCAACGUCUAUGAAAUUUCUAUAUCCAUUCUGAUGGCAUUCAUAGCCAGGGGCUUGAGUACUAUAUCCAAUAAUGUGUUUUGCUUUGCCCCCAUAGCUUCCACAGGCGUCGCUUCCGUGCUUCCUGGAUUUACAAUUCUCAUAAGCGCUUUAGAACUGACGUCCAAUAACAUCCUAUGUGGUUCCGUCAGGAUGGUUUAUGCAGUGAUAUAUACGUUAUUCCUGGGUUUCGGACUGACUAUAGGGUCCGAGCUCUAUCUCAUAUUCAACCCACACGCGCGACACAUUGUCGAUUAUACCGGUGCCACCGAAGUUAUACACGGGCAUUUUAUGUCCAGGAACGGGUCAAGCGCUUAUGUACCCCUCGGUGGCACGUUCUCUUUCACCCGUGCAGAACCAAUCGGACAAGGCCAUAUCAUCAAGCAAUGCUAUCGUGAUCCAUCCUGGCCUUGGUGGAAGCAGCCCUUACCAUGGUGGACUAUCUUCAUCUUUGUUCCGGUAUAUUCGGUGUGCUCCUCACUAGGCAACCUGCAAUCGUGGCGAAGCAAGCAGCUCCUGGUUAUGGUAAUGUUUUCGUCUGCCGCCUAUGCUGCAAACAAAGCGACCGGAUUGUAUAUCUCUGACCGUGGCGAUGUCAUCUCAGCAGUUGGUGCUUUUGUGAUUGGAGUGCUAGGCAAUGUGUACUCUCGCGUAAUCCGUGGGACUGCAUUCACAUCUAUGGUGACUGGUGUGCUUUUCAUAGUACCGUCUGCCCUAGGUCAAGGCGGGGGUAUUAUUCAGAACUACCGCACGGCCGCGGAACAGUACUCCAGCGGUUUCAGUCUCGGGAUACGCAUGAUCCAAGUUGCGGUUGGUAUCACCAUAGGUUUAUAUGCAAGCCAACUCGCAGUCUAUUCUUUCGGGACCAGGAAGAACGCGGCGUAUUUCGCUUUCUAG